GAGCCCGAUGCGGGGCUCGAACUCACGGACCGCGAGAUCGUGACCUGGCUGAAGUCGGAGGCUUCACCGACUGCGCCACCCAGGAGCCCCUAAAGUCAGAGGCUUUAAAAGGAGAGGGAAGUUUGUCCACCUUACCUAAUGCGAAACCGUGGUGAUGGCCGGAAACCCAUUCGGAAAGUCUGUUUCCACUAGAACGCGUGUUUCUCUGGAUCUCACUCUGUGCCCGGCGGCGACGUUGUCUGGAACCCGAGAACCAAGAAGCCAGAAGUCUGGAUUGUCUGCCACCCCACCCCCACCCCCUCAGCGGGCUUCGAGGGCUCCCAGUUCCACCCACCGCUGAGGGGGUGAGCAGCAAGACCGUUGUUCGGUGGCUCAGCUCGCGCCCAGGAGCCCACUUAGAUCUCUCCGCGCUGUGGAAGGCAGAGAGAAAACACUGGCAGCCAGAACCUUCUCCAAGAGCAGGGGGCGAGAUGUAAGAGAUGGUUCGUCGCAAUCAGACCAGUGCCAAGGGUAAGCCAGCGCCUUCCCCAAGCGCGGUCCGUUUGCCUAGCAUGGCGAACAGGGCACCAGGGCGUCGGGCGAUUGCUCGUGCCAAGUUCACGGGUGAACUCUGGUCAAUUAAGGGUCGGUUAAGGCGGAGAGUUAGAACUUAACCCGGGUCUAUGCAGACAAUGUUUAUAGAAUCAGUGUAUAGGGUCGUUUGCAGGUGAGGUGUGUUCAGAGAGAGAGAGAGACUGAAUCAGCACUGAGAGGCACUUGUCUCCUCGUUCCCAGCCCCUCCCCUGGAACAGUGCCAUGCGUCCCGGCGUAGGGCAAGGGGCAGAGGAAGCCCAUCCUGCGUCUCUAUUCCUGGCAGCCACUCAGAAGCAUGUUCUUACUCUUUUCAUCCUGCCUGGGGAAGGUGGUUUAAACAUUUAUUGGUGCGUGCCCUGGGUGAAGGCCAAGGACGUUGGGUACAGGAUGGGAGGCUGUGCGAUUCCUCCGAAUGCACCCGGCCGUGUGUGAGCCAUGAACCCGGGUCCCGCGACCUUCAGAGCUGAGGAUCGCGAGCCAUUUCGGCUGCUGGAUAACCCCUGCGUGAUUCAACAUGCUGUAAGCGAGAGUUUGAAAAGUACUAACCCACCGUACUUGACCGAGGGCUGCGUCUCGGAAUUUUCUAAGUCUUCUACACCGGGUCUUGGUAUCACUUCUCUGAGCUACACAUUUCCCCUAGGCCUCACGCCUUUUGUUCUUCCUAUCAAAACAGAGUUAAUGAUUUCUCAGAGGUGUCGUUACUCCGCAGAUAAGGAUGCCAUCUGUAGGUCAGUCGGAUGGGUCCCCGAGAGCUGAGGGCGCCCUCCGCGAUCUGGGGCAAGCCGCCUGCUCUCAAAGGCGAUGUCCCCAACCGCAAAAGGGGGUUGAUAACAACGCCUAGCGGCUCGGGUGUCUGUGAGGGCGGUCCCACGUGCACACCGUUCGGAGUGCCUGGCUCAGAGCUCUCGCUUGCACCCACGCCACUGGUUGCUGUCAUGGUCAUGACUCCGCAUGAGAAGCUGGGAAGGUUGAGCCGACUGACGGUAAAUCAGCGGUUCUCGACCUGGCCGCGUGUCGGGAUCACCUGGGGGAAACUCAAAAAAAUACCCCUGCCUGGGAGAAGAGCCACCCCUGGGGGUUCCGGCUUCGUUGGUGGGGGUUGCAGUCUGGGCAUUGGAUGUAGCAAAGCUCCCAAGUGAUUCUAAUGCGCACCCAGGACUGAGAGCUGCGACCCUGAACAGUUUGCAAAUGAGAUGUUCUCGCAGCUCUGGUCUACGGCUGCAGAACGUUCUUUUAGGAGAGACUGCUAGAAGGUCUUAAAGCCAACCAGAUUCCCUGUACCUUCCUUAUAAAGGCCAUGUUGAACUUGGGGGCCGUUCAAGGCUCUCCCAGCGUCUGCACUUGUCCAGGGUCCCCAAGGGUUUGGAACCUGAUAAAAGCGAGGUUCCCUGUGACGUGUGCACGUUUCUCAUAAAGUUGUACAUGCAGAAAUUGGCUUCAGCGACAAAGAAAAGGAAAGCAAACUUGUUUGAACAAAAGGAGUUUCUCUUCCUUCGAGCCACGCCAGCUUAUAAGCCUCCACAAAGCAGGGAAGACAGCUCCCCCUUUUGCUCGCAGACACUGAUAGACUCCGUGCCUCCCAGAGUGGUUCACCGUCAGGACAACCGGUGUGCACUCCCUGGCCGGGAGCCCUAAGCCCUUAAACUACCUGCGGUCCACAUCAAAGCUCCAGGAUAUGUAGAACUUUCUCGCAGCACCCGAGCCACCACCAUGAGGACCUGCCUGCGGAGACCCAGUCGUCUGGACCAAGCUGUCCAAUGGCUCUUGCUUUUGGCCGUGUUGAUCUCCUUAUUCUUUGUCCUGCCCUCCUUCGUUAAGGAACCCAAUACGAAACCUUUCAGGCGUCAGCACAUGGAUGACGAGGAGAGAUCUUCAGGGUCGCCACACAAGUCUGCACGGCAGGCUCCCCCACGGGAAGGAAGGACAGCGGCUCCUGCAUCAUCGUCCGCGCGAGGGAACGACGUGCAGGUGGCCCCGGCCCAGGCCACAGCCCUCCCUGCCAAGGGGGACAUCAGAGAAGAGACCGGUGGGGCCACCUCGACUGGGCCGGCCCCACCGAGGGGUCCAAAGAGGAAGGACACCGUGCUGGACACGCGGCCCCCGAGGGCACGGGAUGGGGGAGUGGCCUCAGAGGCACUGUCACUGAGGAGUCAGGACGCGAGGACAACCAAAGGAAGGCAGGACCAGAAUGGGGAGCCCACGGCCACCAGGACGGUGCCCUCGAAGCCUCGGGCCAAAGCGGCCACCACGGCAAGGACACCUGUGCCAGAAAGCCAGGCCGAGGCGCUGACCACCCCGGGAGCAGGGUCAAUGAAAGGAGUGGCCUCGGCCGUGAUGCCCCGCCGGGAGACACCCCGGGCCAAGCCACCCUCCACCCCUCGCCAGGCCCGCACCACACAGAGAAGCCGAAGUCUGCGGGCUGCCAACUUCAAGUCUGAGCCCCGGUGGGAUUUCGAGGAACAAUACAGCUUUGACGUGGGGGCCCUACAGACGACCUGCCCCGACUCAGUGAAGGUCAAGGCCUCCAAGUCACCCUGGCUGCGGACACUCUUUCUGGCCAACCUCACCCUCUUCCUGGACUCCAGCCACUUCAACCAGAGUGAGUGGGACCGUCUGGAGCACUUUGUGCCACCGUUUGGGUUCAUGGAGCUCAACUAUUCGUUGGUGCAGAAGGUCGUGACCCGCUUCCCUCCGGUGCCCCAGCAACAGCUGCUCCUGGCCGGUCUCCCCGCCGGGAGUUCCCAGUGCAUCACGUGCGCCGUGGUGGGCAACGGGGGCAUCUUGAACAACUCUCACGUGGGCCAGGAGAUAGACAACCAUGAUCACGUCUUCCGACUGAGUGGAGCGGUCACUAAGGGCUACGAACAGGAUGUGGGCACCCGGACAUCGUUUUAUGGCUUCACUGCCUUCUCCCUGACCCAGUCGCUUAUGGCCUUGGACGGUCAGGGUUUCCGGCACGUGCCUCUGGGGAAGGACGUCCGCUACCUGCACUUCCUGGAAGGCACCCGCGACUAUGAGUGGCUGGAGGCGAUGUUUCUCAAUCAGAGCCUGGUGAAGACUAGCCUUUCCUGGUUCAGGCACAGGCCCCAGGUGGCUUUCCAGGGAGACCCGCCAUGGGACAGAUACCUACUGCUGCACCCCGACUCGCUGCGGUACAUGAAAAACAGGUUCCUGAGGUCCAAGACCCUGGACACGGUGCACUGGAGAAUCUACCGCCCCACGACCGGCGCCCUCCUCCUGCUCACAGCCCUUCAGCUCUGUGACCAGGUGAGUGCCUAUGGCUUCAUCACCGAGGGCCACGAGCAAUUCUCCGAUCACUACUACGAUAAGUCCUGGAAAAAAACAGUCUUUUACAUCAACCACGACUUCCAGUUAGAGAGAACGCUCUGGAAGCGGCUGCAUGAUGAAGGGCUCAGUUUGGGCUCCAAGCCCCUCCAGACACCCCCGGGGACCACUGAGGAGAGACUCCCAAGAUGGCAAAUGACUGAGGUUUUGGAGACCUCGGAACAUCGCUACGGGUUCCGUUCAAAGGGAGGAGGACUCCGGUCUGGAGACCAAGGAAUUUGAACGAAACGGCGUGAUGACUGGUCAAUACCACAGAUCCCUGCUGAAAUUCACCCUUCACUGUCCAGAAGAUGCUUGACACCAGGGGAAGAAGCUUGAACCUACGGACGCACGUCGAGUUGGCCUUUUUUGGUGUUUUGCCUGAGUAGGCUUUAUGUAAACCCAAUGGGCGAGGAGCCCAUUGAGGGGCUUGAACUCAUGACCCUGAGAUCAAGACAUUCGCUGAGAUCGGGGCACCCGGGUGGCUCAGUCGGUUGAGCGUCCAACUUCGGCUCAGGUCAUGAUCUCACACUCUGUGA